GGCGACCGCGUCGCGUCAGCUGCGGGGCUGACGUGGCUCCCGGAAGUGGGGCUGGCGCAGGGCCGUCAUGUUGCAGCAGGACAGUAAUGACGACACUGAGGAUGUUUCCCUGUUUGAUGCGGAAGAGGAGACGAGUAACAGACCAAAAAAAUCCAAGAUCAGACAUCCAGUGGCAUCAUUUUUCCAUUUAUUCUUUCGAGUCAGUGCAAUUGUAGUCUAUCUUCUCUGUGAAUUGUUCAGCAGCAGCUUUAUUGCCUGUAUGGUGACAAUUAUCUUGUUGUUGUCAUGUGACUUUUGGGCAGUCAAGAAUGUCACCGGUAGACUCAUGGUUGGUCUGCGUUGGUGGAAUCAUAUAGAUGAAGAUGGAAAAAGCCAUUGGGUGUUUGAGUCCAGGAAGGCAUCUGCUCAAGAGAGUAAAACAGUUUCUGAGGCCGAAUCAAGAAUCUUUUGGUUAGGACUUAUUGCCUGUCCUGUGCUGUGGGUGAUAUUUGCCUUUAGCGCGCUUUUCUCCUUCCGAGUGAAGUGGUUGGCGGUGGUUAUCAUGGGUGUGGUGCUACAAGGUGCCAACCUGUAUGGCUAUAUCAGGUGCAAGGUGGGCAGCAGGAAGAAUUUAACCAACAUGGCUACAUCUUAUCUUGGAAAGCAGUUUUUAAGACAAAAUGCUGGAGAAGACCAGACUUCCUGAGGAGAGUGCAAGCAAGCUCCUGUGUUCUGUUACACUGGGGAGCAACUGAAGAGAUUCUUGACUCUGAACCUUUUGAAACUGAGUACAUGUUGCAAAGAGGAGCAUUGGGUUUGUUUUUGCAGUUUAAAAUUUACUUUAAAAAAUGGAAAGGUGGUUUUCACAUCAACUGUUCAUUUUCUUUCUAGCAUUUCGGGUUUGAAAGUAUGGUGUUGCCAGGAACAUUGUCAAAACUGGUUCACGACUUACAUAUGUAUGCACAUAGUCCUUGUAACCUGUAUAUCCCGGAUUACUGAAAGUGUGUUCAUGGACAUUUGUAAGGGAGACCUUUGUAAUUGGAUCCAGUAGGAUGUAGGAGGAUGUUCUCGGUCUGUCUCAGAACUCUAGAUGUGUACAUAUUAUUUCUGUAGAUUGUUGCCAGAAGAAAGUUUUGGUUCCAUGGUAAGAGUGAGCACUUUGGCUUAUGUGUAAGUUAGAGGUAAUUGUUAAUUUUACAACAUAAUAUAUACUUUGUGAUGAAACUUCUCAUCUUAGGCGCUCACAGGCAGGUACAAACCAAAUUUGGGCCAGUGGUUAACUAGUUUGUAAAUUUUAUUUUUAUUUGUAAUAACUCAUGUACUUAAGGCCCAAUUAAUAUAAAUGGAAUUUUCAUGGUUUAUGUUUAGGGGAUACCUUAGAGAUUGCUGCUGUUCUAUUUAUUUUUUGGAAGGGAGAGCCAGAUUUUACUUUGGAACUUCCUGGAAGCUCUUCAGUGGUCUUUGGCCUAAUGAAUUCUAUCUUUUAUCACUAAAAGAGUAUUAUUCUUAUGUCAUAGUGAGAAUAAUCAUUUAAAUACUUGGCAUAAUAAAUGCCUAAGAAACAUUUUAUGAAUCUAUUUUUUUUCUUGCUAUAAUGGGGCUAUUGUAAAUCAUGCAUUUGUAUUAAUGAUAUUUCUUAAAGCAAUAUAUGAAACAAUCUACAAAUGGUUGUAGGAGUCUACAAAUUCUGUUCUUGGUUCUGUAAACUUUGUUGGAAUCUUUUAACCAACAGAUUAUUUUGUGGAAUGUAUUUAUACAUUGUUAAAAAAUUUAAAAAGA